AUGUUUAAGGAAUUAUUUUUGCUCGUAAUUGCUUACUUAGUGGGAAGAACUGCAGGAAAUAUGCUGUGCUAUGCCUGCAGCUUUUCAGCUGUAGACACUGACAGAUCUUGUCUCACGAUAAGCAAUAGCACGCCAAGAGUGCAAUGCUCAAUGACGUAUUGUACCAUAAUGAGACAGGAAUAUCGCGAUCCUGCGGGCGACAUAUCCAGUUUCACUCGAGGUUGUGAAAGUAAUCCAGACUAUUUAAAUCAUGACGUAAUAGAUCCAAACUUCGUAACGUAUUACCGGGCUUGUACUUCCUCACUUUGUAAUAUUGGUGAUGGGAUAAGGGCCAUUGGUGGAUCACUUUUGAAUCCUCGUCCUCAAUAUAACGGCUCGAACCUCCUUGUACCUGGGACGUAGGUAAUUAAAGUAAUAAAGUUUAUUUGAAAGUUUUAAAGUGAAACGAAAAAUUGACAUUAAAUUUAGCGUAUUUUUAAUAAAUUAUUAUUAAAAUCUAA